GGAGCUGUCCUCGCCCUUUCGGGCCGCCGCCUAUUCCUGGUGCUACGCAGGGCUUCUGUAGGCGCCGCGGGUCCGGAGCAUCGCCUUCCAAGCAAAGGUUCUCCAAAGAACAAGGAACAUGGAAGAAUCUGCAAGCCAGUUGCAGCCACUCAGUGAGAAUCAAGUAGCCAACUCUGAGGGCGGAUAUGUAUGGCAGGUCACCGACAUGAACCGGCUGCACCGAUUCUUGUGUUUUGGUUCUGAAGGUGGCACCUACUAUAUCAAAGAACAGAAGCUGGGCCUUGAGAAUGCUGAAGCCUUAAUUAGACUGAUUGAAGAUGGCAGAGGAUGUGAAGUGAUCCAGGAAAUCAAGUCCUUUAGUCAGGAAGGCAGGACUGCCAAACAAGAGCCGCUGCUGUUUGCACUGGCCAUUUGUUCCCAGUGUGCGGACAUAAAGACAAAGCAAGCAGCAUUUAAAGCUGUCCCUGAAGUGUGUCGCAUUCCGACCCACCUCUUCACUUUUAUCCAGUUUAAGAAAGACCUGAAGGAGAGCAUGAAGUGUGGUAUGUGGGGACGCGCUCUCCGGAAGGCCGUGGCAGACUGGUAUAAUGAAAAAGGUGGCAUGGCCGUGGCGCUGGCGGUUACGAAGUAUAAACAACGAAACGGCUGGUCUCACAAAGAUCUCCUACGACUGUCCCACCUUAAACCUUCCAGUGAAGGACUUGCUAUUGUGACCAAAUAUAUCACAAAGGGCUGGAAAGAAGUUCAUGAACAGUAUAAAGAAAAAGCACUUUCUGUGGAGACUGAAAAACUACUGAAGUACCUGGAGGCUGUGGAGAAAGUGAAGCGUACAAAAGAUGACCUGGAAGUCAUUCAUCUAAUUGAAGAACAUCAGUUAGUUAGGGAACAUCUGCUGACAAACCACUUGAAGUCUAAAGAGGUAUGGAAGGCUUUGUUACAAGAAAUGCCCCUUACUGCACUGCUAAGGAACCUGGGAAAAAUGACUGCUAAUUCAGUACUUGAACCAGGAAAUUCUGAAGUAUCCUUAGUAUGUGAAAAACUGAGCAAUGAAAAACUGCUCAAGAAGGCUCGUAUACACCCAUUUCAUGUUUUAAUUGCAUUAGAGACCUACAGAGCAGGCCACGGGCUCAGAGGGAAACUGAAGUGGAUUCCAGAUAAAGAAAUCUUGCAGGCAUUGGAUGCUGCUUUUUAUAAAACAUUUAAGACAGUUGAGCCAACUGGGAAGCGCUUCUUGCUCGCUGUUGACGUCAGUGGCUCUAUGAACCAGAGAGUUUUGGGUAGUGUACUCAAUGCUAGUACUGUUGCUGCAGCAAUGUGCAUGGUGGUUACACGGACGGAAAAAGAAUCUUCGGUGGUUGCUUUUGCGUGUGAUAUGGUACCAUUUCCAGUGACUGCAGACAUGACAUUACAGCAGGUUUUAACGGCUAUGAAUGAAGUUCCAGCAGGCAACACAGACUGCUCUCUUCCAAUGAUCUGGGCCCAGAAAACAGGCACAGCUGCAGAUGUCUUCAUCGUAUUCACCGAUAAUGAGACCUUUGCAGGGCAGGUGCAUCCUGCUGUUGCCCUGAGGGAGUACCGAAAGAAAAUGGAUAUUCCUGCUAAAUUGAUUGUUUGUGGGAUGACAUCAAGUGGCUUUACCAUUGCAGACCCAGACGAUAGAGGCAUGUUGGAUAUGUGCGGCUUUGAUACUGCUGCUCUGGAUGUCAUUCGGAAUUUCACAUUGGAUGUCAUUUAACCCUGAGUGCCAGAACGAUAUGAGAGGUGCACUGCUGUGGUGGAUUUCAAUGAAAAUACACAGCUACUUCCCAGCUAGAUGCAUAGUGAGAAAUGUCAUCAGUAUGUGCAUGAUAGAAAUGUGCUGUGGCAAGAACAGGAGAAGAGGGAAGGAAGGAAGGAAACACAUGUUGGGCCCAAAGGUACAUGUACUCAGCUAGCUCUUCAGAAGUCUUCAGGAAACUGUAGCUUUCUCUAUAGAGAACUUUCUUUUUAACAGACACUGUAAAAUAGUCAUGUUUUACUUCACGGAAUCAGGUCUUUGUACUGAAAGUGAGAUACAAAGUAUAAGUAGCCUCACAUCCUGUCACUUAUCUGACAAGUGCUUGUUUUCUUAAAUGUCUUCAUUGGAAAAGGACAGUUUUGAUAAUGUCCAAAUACUCUGAGGUGCACUAGACCAUGUGACUGUGACGGAAAUGAACCUCACCAGGUAAAUUUUUAUACCAAGGGGUUUAAAAAAAAAAAGACAUUUGGUUAAACUAAAUUAUGAAUGAAUUUUACAAAUUCAGAGUUUUCUAAGAUCAUAUGAACCAACAGCUUUCUUAUUCAAUGAAAAAGAUGUUUUCUUUCUGGUGUUUAAUUUGUACUUGUUAGGAUUUGUUACUAUUUGGCCAAAACAUGAUGGAAAUCCCUAUGGGACUUGUUGAACUUAUAUAGGCUGAGGACUGUGCUUUGUAGCCUUGCGUUAGCUGAGCACCAACUGUGUCUCAUGUACUUACGCUUUCCUGGGUGUUUCACAUGUUUAAGUCCCCCCAUCCAUAAUCCUGACACUGUAACAAUUCCAACUCCACUGUAAACACAUAGCUUUUCUGUACCCCUAAAAUACCUUUAACUAAUUGUCAUAUUUUUCUAAUAUUAAGUUUGUCUGAAGUCUUUUAUAUUUUUGUCCACUAUUCAUUUUGUGUCUACUUUCUUUUUUGAUAGAGUAGAGAAAUAAUAAAGCAAGCUAGAUCCUUCAAGUUCAAAGGCAAUUUUAGAGUAGCAGCCAUAUCAACCAAUCAGUUUAUGUAGAAAAUUUAAGAACUUAUUUUGUACAAAUUAAACUUCUUUUUCACCAUACUAAAA